CCCGAACCCAAAACUAACCAUGCCGAAACCCAGAGUCCUCCACCUCGGCGACCCCAUAAAGUACAACCACGACCUCUACGCCCGCUUCGUGUCAACCUUCGACCUGAUCCGGCCCUCGACGGCCGAGCGCGCCCGCCCCGAAUUCAAGCGCGCCCUGCAGGAGCGCCGAUGGGGCACCUUCGACGCGAUCUUCCGGCCGUUCUGGAACACCGGCGGCGAGAUGGGCGAUUGGGACGAGGAGCUGAUCGCGCUGCUGCCAGACAGCGUCAAGGUCAUCGCCAGCGCUGGGGCGGGGUAUGACUGGGUGGAUGUGGAGUGUCUCGCGAGAUACGGAAUAACCUACUGCAACGGCGCCGCCGCCUCCAGCGACUCCGUCGCCGACGCCACACUCUUCCUCCUCCUCUCGGUAUUCCGGAACCUACGGUGGUCGCACGCCGCCGCGCACAGCCUGUCCCCGGUGGCCUUCCACGACGCGCACACGCACUCCCCGCUGACAGCCCGGAACCCCGCCACCCAGGUCCUGGGGAUCGUCGGCCUCGGCGCGAUCGGCCUGACCAUCGCCCGGAAGGCCUGUGCCGCGUUCCCCGGGAUCCGGAUCGUGUACCACGACCUCGUGCGGAAGGCCCCCGCCAUCGAAGAAUCGAUCAACGCGAGUUUCAGCGAGAGUCUGGACGGGGUGUUGCGGGAGGCGGAUUGUGUGGUGCUGGCGACGCCGUUUGCGGGGAGGACGUUGAUCGAUGCUGACACCCUCAAGAAGUUCAAGAGGGGGGGUCGACUCGUGAAUAUUGCCAGGGGCGGGUUGGUCGACGAGGAGGCGCUGGUGCAGGCGUUGGAGGAAGGAAGGAUCAGUGCCGUGGGCAUGGAUGUGCAUGCCCGCGAGCCGGCGGUGCAUCCGCGGUUGGCGACGGAUCGGCGGGUUAUGAUGCUGAGCCAUAAUGCCGGGGGCACGGUGGAUACGCAUGUGGGCUUUGAGCGGUUGGCGAUGGAGAAUAUUCUGGGGUUCUUGGGGGAGGAGGGGAAGGCGUUGACGCCGGUGAAUGCGCAUUUGAUUCGGGAUGGGACACAGAGGGUGAGGAGUUUGUUGUAG